AUGGAAAAGUACAGCGUCUGCAGGGAUGCUCUUGCAGGAGAAGUGUCUUUCACGCUGCGUGUCAAGCCGCAGAGAGCUCUGGCCAUGGAGGCCUGGUCACCCGAUGCCCACGAGGGUGGUGGCCGUGACCGGGCAGCGGAGGGCUAUGCAACAAGACAACACGUGAUCCACCCAAAAGACCUGGUUCUGAAUGUGAUCCACCUAAAAGACAUGGUUCUGCAGGUGAUCCACCCAAAAGACCUGGUUCUGAAAGUGAUCCACCUGAAAUACCUGGUUCUGAAAGUGAUCCACCUAAAAGACCUGGUUCUGCAGGUGAUCCACCCAAAAGACCUGGUUCUGCAGGUGAUCCACCUAAAAGACCUGGUUCUGCAGGUGAUCCACCCAAAAGACCUGGUUCUGAAUGUGAUCCACCCAAAAGACCUGGUUCUGCAGGUGAUCCACCUGAAAUACCUGGUUCUGAAAGUGAUCCACCUAAAAGACCUGGUUCUGAAUGUGAUCCACCCAAAAGACCUGGUUCUGCAGGUGAUCCACCUAAAAGACUUGGUUCUGAAUGUGAUCCACCCAAAAGACCUGGUUCUGCAGGUGAUCCACCUGAAAUACCUGGUUCUGAAAGUGAUCCACCUAAAAGACCUGGUUCUGCAGGUGAUCCACCCAAAAGACCUGGUUCUGAAAUUACGGAUGGAAGCGCCCCCUCCCCGCAGGGGUCCCGGCAGCGCCGGGCGGGCCGGGGCGGAGCGGGGCGGGGGCGGGGGCGGCGGAGCCGGGGCCGGGCCUGUCCCGGUGGCGGGGCCGGGACCGGGAUGCGGCGGGGCCGGGGCCGGGCGCACGAUGCGCGGCGGGGCGCUGGCGCUGGCGCUGCUCUGGGCCCUGCCCCUGUGCCCGGCGGGGCUGGAGCCCCCCGAGCAGGGAUCGGGGCUGCACGCAGAUGAAGUCAACUUGCUGGACAAAAUUUCUUCCCGUGCACAGGACCUCAGCAAUGUUUCCUUUGGCUAUGAUGAGGCCAACUGCAGCAUCCUGGAGGUUGGGCAGUAUGCUACCCUCAACAUCCCCACCAGGGAGGCCUUUGGGGACAGGUUUGCAGAUGAGCUGAGUGUGCUGAUGAAGCUCAGGUACUCACUGAAGGAGGACAGCAGCCUGGUGACCAUCCUCAGCCAUGGGAGCCAGGUGCUCUUCCAGAUCAGGAUUAGUCCCUACGCCUUGGCCUUUGUCACCACGAGGAGGAGACACUAUGAGUUCCCAGUGUCCUCUCUCAGCGAUGGGCGCUGGCACCAAGUGGCUCUCAGCAUCUCCCUGGAGAGGUUGGAGCUGCACCUGGACUGUCGGCUGGUGGACAGAGUCAGCUGGGCCAACUACCUUGGGAUGGGAGUCAGCACUGAGGGGCUGGUGAUCGUUGGAGGCCUGAUUGAGUCCUUUGAGAUCCCCUUUAAGGGUGCUCUACAGCAACUGACCUUCAUGAUGGGAGACCCAGCAGCUGCUGGAGAGCACUGCCACAGCUACAGCUCAAUGUGCUCCUUCCACCUCAACCACAUUGAUUCUCCAUGGGACCAUCCACCAGCCUGGCCAGAGGACUCCAGAUUCACCAGUUCAGAUUUGACCCUGAGGCCCCCUUGGAUGUGGGAGGACGCCCAGGAGACCCUCAACCACCAGCCUGAUGGGAGCACGCUGGCUUCACUCUCUGCAGCUGAGGAGGAGGAGGAGGGCAGCCUUUCUAUUGAGGAUGAAGGCUUUGAGCUGUUGAACUCCACCUACAACAAAAUCACAGGUCCUGGCAGGCCAGGGCUCAGCAGGAGCAGCCUGUGGGGCACUGGUAGCUCUGGUGAAGCAGCCAAGAAGGAAGGUGCCUCUGCCCCCUGGGAGGAGAACAUCACCAUGGAGAAGCUGGUGGGUGGUGUGGGCAGGCUCUCACCCAGCAAGCCCAACGAUGCCAUCCCUCACCUGGGGGCUCCUGCAGCCUUCUCCAAGGUCUCCUCAGCAUCACCUCGGGCAGCUGGCCCCAAAGGAAGUGUGCCCAAAGGUCCCCUGGGGACAAAGUCAGCAGCUGGUGUCCUGGAGCACCCUCCAGCAGCAAGCAGCCCUGCUGUGCCAGGGCCUGGGGAUGGUGCUGCCCACUUGGGACACUUCAUCUCACCAGUGGCACAUGGACAGCAGGGCCAGGUGAAGCCAGGGCCACCAGGGCUGCCAGGGCCACCAGGGCUGCCGGGCUGUCCUGGGAGACGUGGACUGGUGGGACCCAAAGGAGACAAAGGGUACCCUGGAGCCAGGGGGCGGACAGGCCCCCCGGGUGACCCAGGCCCUGCAGGCACCCCUGGUGUGCCAACCAUCAUCCUCUGGAGGAACUCCAGGGAGGACUGGCAGACGUUCACACAAUCAGCCUUCUACCAGCUCCUCCAUGCAGGCUGGCCGAGAAAACCAGGAGCCCCUGGCCCCCCAGGACAUCCAGGGAGAACAGGAUCACCAGGUCCCUGUGGAGAUCCAGGGGAGCCAGGAGAGAAGGGCCGCCGGGGGUACAGGGGUGAACCUGGCCUCCAGGGCUUGCCAGGACGUGCAGGUUACCCUGGCUCAGAUGGCAUCCCAGGCCUGGAUGGCAAACCUGGGCCAUGGGGGCUGCCAGGAGAGCAGGGACUGCAGGGCUUCCAGGGUGACCAGGGGCUGGCUGGUGAGAAGGGAGAAGAGGGUUUCUUGGGUGAGCCUGGACCAGCUGGGGAGAAAGGAGAGAAGGGGAUGAAGGGAGCAAAGGGAGCCAAUGGUCUGCCAGGUGCUGCUGGGCUUCACGGGAUGUCAGGGCUGAAGGGUGUGAUGGGCUUCCAAGGCCCCAUGGGGCCAGAGGGAGAAGGUGGAUCAGUGGGUCCCCCAGGCCCUGCUGGCCCCAUGGGAGACCCAGGCCAGCCAGGGUCUGUUGGGUGCCAAGGUGUCAAUGGCUCUCAGGGAGAAUCAGGUCCUCCUGGCUUGCCUGGCCCCAGAGGUCCCAAGGGACCUCAGGGCUUGCAGGGCAGACGUGGCCCCCCUGGCCCCAGGGGCAUGCAGGGUCCAGCUGGGAUGGAGGGGUCUGCUGGUGCCAAAGGAGACACCGGUACAGAAGGUGUCCCUGGGCUGAGGGGACAGCCAGGACAGGAGGGCCCUGGGGGCUUUAUUGGCCUGCCAGGUUCCAAAGGCACCCAAGGAGAGAGGGGAUGUCAAGGUGCAGAUGGAGCCAAGGGAGAUCUGGGAACCAAAGGAGGCAAGGGUCCACGUGGAGCACAAGGAGCUAAAGGUCCCCCAGGGCCUCGGGGCCAGGGUGGCUUGCAAGGCUUUCCUGGCCCUCGAGGAGCUGCAGGCCCCCAGGGCCCGGAUGGAGAAGAAGGCCAGAUUGGCCCAGCAGGGCUGAACAGCAGCCAGGGACCCAAGGGAUGCAGAGGACCUGAUGGCCCAAAGGGAAGCCCAGGAGCACGAGGAGCUCGGGGCCGUGGGGGUCAGCGUGGCCUGGUUGGAGUCCCUGGGCUGCCUGGCUCGAGGGGCAUCCCAGGAGCAGGUGGUGCAGAAGGAAAGCCUGGUACACAGGGUCUCCCAGGGACCAUGGGCAGCCCAGGCAGGAGGGGACCAGCAGGCUUUGCUGGCUCACAGGGGGGCCGUGGACACGCAGGACCUCCUGGAUCAAUAGGCUCUCUGGGGAAACCUGGACCUGAUGGAGACCCAGGUUCCCUGGGCCCAAAGGGGCUGCCUGGGAAGCCUGGCUUGGAGGGGCCCCAGGGACCUGUUGGCACCUAUGGCUACCCAGGACCUGCUGGUGACCGCGGGAGGCCAGGGCGCAGGGGGGACAAGGGAGAAAUGGGAGCCCAAGGCCCACCAGGAUUUCCAGGAAAAGCUGGUCCUAAGGCCCUGCCAGGUCCUCCUGGUCCUCGAGGUGCUCCUGGCUCCCAGGGCAGAGCAGGAGACCCAGGGCCUCGAGGGCUUCCAGGGCUGCCUGGUGCUCCUGGCCCACGGGGGCUGGAUGGUGUCCCUGGGAAGCCUGGCUUGGCAGGAGAACCAGGAGCUGCUGGCCCAGCUGGGGCUGCUGGCACCCCUGGGUACCCGGGGCAGGAAGGUCCAGGUGGACCUGAAGGGCCUUCAGGGGUGAGAGGAGAGAAGGGUGAUGUGGGAGAUCCUGGGAAUGCUGGCAUCAGGGGGCUGGAUGGUGAGCAGGGAUCCCCAGGACAGCCAGGAGCAGAGGGUCAGCCAGGACCCAAAGGAGAGCAGGGAGAGGCAGGAACCCGUGGAGCUGCAGGCAUCAGUGGCAGCCCUGGGGAGCCAGGAGAUGAUGGCCCAGAGGGGCUGCCAGGGAGGCCUGGGGAGCCAGGGAAGGAGGGGGAGCCUGGUGACACUGGAGAGCCAGGAGAGCCAGGAGCUCAGGGGCAGAAGCAGGGUGACCCUGGCCCCAGGGGCCAUCCUGGAGUGCCUGGCCCAGGAGCUGCUACAGGGCAGAUUGGAGAGCAAGGCCACAAAGGAGAGAAGGGUCAGGAAGGUUUGCUGGGCCAGGUGGGUGUCACUGGAGCUGCAGGACCUGCUGGAGCCAGAGGAUGGUUUGGUGGGACAGGUCUGCGAGGUCCUCCUGGGCUCAAUGGUCCUGAGGGAGUCAAGGGAGAUCCAGGGCCUCAAGGCAUGCAUGGACCUGUUGGUGCUGCAGGAUCAGAGGGACUCGCUGGAGAUGAGGGAACCAAGGGAGAUAGAGGCAAGCCUGGUCCAGUGGGCGCAGCAGGGAACCAGGGCCCAGCAGGUGCCCCUGGGCUCCAAGGCUACAGCGGGCAUGGGGGUGCCAGAGGAGUGGCAGGAGCCAAGGGACAGCCAGGCCGGCAGGGUCCUUUGGGGCCCCUGGGCGAAGCUGGAGCCACAGGACUGAGUGGAGUCGAGGGCCUGGUGGGUGCAAAAGGGCAGCCGGGCACAGCGGGCACAGCGGGCAAGACGGGGUCUCCCGGGAAAGCUGGUCCUAAGGGACGGAAAGGUCGCAAAGGAGAGAAGGGUGAUGUGGGGCGUGAAGGGGAAGAAGGAGCCCCUGGAGGAGCUGGCAGACGGGGCAAGCAAGGCAAGCCAGGCCACCGGCCCCCAAGAGGUCCCCAGGGACCCAAGGGCCACCCAGGUGACAAGGGGCUGGAAGGACCCCAGGGCCCCCAAGGACCCUACGGCAUCCCAGGGCUGAAGGGCAUGAAAGGAAACCCCGGGCCCAAGGGACACAAGGGCGAGAAGGGCAGCAGGGGGCAGCUGGGCCAGCAAGGGGAUGAAGGCAUCAAGGGCAAGCCAGGAGCCCAUGGUGUCCCCGGGAGGCCAGGACCCAAGGGACAGCAGGGUGACACUGGCCCCCCUGGCCCAUGGGGACACCCUGGCAUCCCUGGGACACGGGGUUUGUCUGGACCCAAAGGGCUGAAAGGCUUCCCAGGGCUGCCAGGACCCAGGGGCAGACCAGGCCUGCCGGGUCUCGCCGGCCCCCCUGGACCCAGCGGACCCUCACUGAUGCUGUCCAGGGAGGAGCUGCAGCACCUCGUUUACCCCUCCAACCACCUGAACUUCACUGCAGUCUGGGCUCUGCUGGACACCCUGAGCCAGGAGCUGCAAGGCCUCGUUGAGCAUCCCAACGGCACCAAAGCCAACCCAGCAGCCACCUGCAAGGAGCUGCUGCUGGCUCACCCCAGCCUGCCUGAUGGGCAGUACUACAUUGACCCCAACCAGGGCAGCCCCAAGGACGCACUGGUGGCCUUCUGCAACUUCACAGCUGGGGGUGAGACCUGCAUAGCUCCCAUCCACAACCAGGUCCCCAUCAAGGCUUGGCUGAGCACCUACAGCUCCAAGGACACCUUUCAGUGGUUCAGUGCCCUGCCUGGGGGCUUCCUGCUGGAGUACGCAGGGGCCAGCCCGGUGCAGCUCCGCUUCCUGCGCCUGCACAGCAGCUUGGCCACCCAGAAGGUCUCCUACUCCUGCAGAGCAGCCCCAGAGCAGGGCCAGCCCCAGCUGCAGAAGGAAAUCCACUUCCUGGCUGACUCCCUGCAGCAGACCUAUGUGGCCAGCCUGCAGGGCUGCGUGCUGGACACCGACUCCUCCGUCACCGACACCGUCUUCCAGUUCAGCACCCAGGAGCUCUCCCUGCUGCCGCUGCGGGACCUGGCUGUCCUUCACAACGGGGACGCCUCGCACCAGUUUGGCUUCACAGUGGGACCAGUUUGCUUCAGCUGA